GGUAGAACUCCAUUUGGACCCAAACUGUUGUGCGAGUCUUCUCUCCUUAGUUGCGACGAUAUCACCGCUGCCGCCGCCGUGGAGUGCCUGCCAGAUUUGAGAGGUCAACCUGUUCACAGGCGACAUUUUGGAACCCGUUGAAGUCUAAACCACUUGGAAUGGACCCCAAGCACACAGGAGAGGUUUUGAAACAUUUGGAGAAGCAGGAUGAGCUUCUUAUGGAUGCUUAUAGAUCAAUGUCCCAUGAACUACAUAAACUUCAGGUAGAAGAAGAAAUGCUCAUGCGCAAGUUCUAUGAAAUAAUGUCUGCUCAUGGUCUAACAAAGAAGAGUGAAGAUGGUCGUGAUAGUUGUGGCGGCGAAAGGAAUGCGUUAGCAUCUAUUACUGAUAGCAAAUUGGACUAAAUGUAAUUACUUCUUUUUGUACAUUAAUGACUCUUGUAUUCUCUAAAAGAAACCCAUCAUUUUGCCGGGACAUCAAUAAUACAUCAACCUAGCAAAAUUAAUAAUACACU